UGGAGAUAUAAAGUUGGACUGACACCUAUCGACGAUUUCGUAUGUCUUACAAAACUUGUACUAUCAAAAUGGGGUUCAGCAACCAUAAAUAAGCCAUGAAUCUAUCUCGUUGUUGUUCUUUUCAUAUGCUACAACUUUGAAGGAAAUAAUAAGAAAAGAUUUUCGUUGAACUUUCUUGAUUGCAAAGAUGAAGUAUUGUAUAAAUUUUAUACUUCUUUUUGCUCUACUACAAUGCGUAGUUAUUUUUGCCGAAAGAUAUGAAGGUGUUGAAAUGCUACCACAAGUUGAGCAUUAUUUACAACAACCGAUGGAGGAGUCUGAACAAUCACCUUUCCCUGACAGUUUGCGUGCUGAACGUUGGGACUUUGACACUCAAUACUCAAACAUAUUUGGGUUUGCGCACUUGCCACAAACUAAAUGCUUGACGGAUUGGUCUGUAAACUAUGACAUUGCUAUCGUUGGUGUGCCCUUUGAUACUGCAGUAUCUUAUCGACCAGGAGCACGGUUUGGUCCUCGCGCUAUUCGAACUGCCUCCUCUCGACAAACAGCUCUUCGUAGCUUCAAUCCUGCUUUAAAUAUCAACCCCUAUAAAACAAAUACAAAGAUUAUUGACUGUGGUGACAUACCCAUCACGCCCUUUGAUAACAAUUUGGCAUUAAAACAAAUGACAGAAGGUUAUAUUGACCUUUUGUCUCAUUCUGUUGCUACUCCUGCAGAUUCACGCAAUACAAGGACUUCAGCUCUAGCAAAAGAUGGAAAGUUUCAUCCUCGUUUGGUUUCGCUUGGCGGUGACCAUUCAAUUGCUUUAGCUUCACUUAGAGGACUUGGGAAAUUAUACCAAAAUGUGAGCGUUAUCCAUUUCGAUUCUCAUCUUGAUACAUGGAAUCCUUCAACUUAUCAUUCACAUUGGAUGUCAAAGCAAACAGAGUUUACUCACGGCACUAUGUUUUGGCUUGCCAGCCAAGAAGGCCUCAUUAACAAUGGAAGCUCUAUUCAUGCCGGUUUGCGCACUCGAUUAAGCGGAACUGACUACUUUGACUAUGAAGAAGAUAGACGAGUUGGCUUUAUGCUUAUUGAGGCUGGCGAAAUUGAUGAAAUCGGAGUAAAAGGUAUUGUUGAAAGGAUAAAAAAGACGGUUGGUGACAACCUUGUAUACCUUAGCAUUGAUAUCGAUGUGCUUGAUCCAGGUCUAGCACCAGGGACAGGUACGCCUGAAACAGGUGGGUGGACGAGUCGUGAGAUGAAGAGUAUUCUUCGAGCUUUAGAUGGACACCUGAACAUUGUAGGUGCAGAUAUCGUGGAAGUAUCGCCACCGUACGAUGAUCAGGCAGAAAGUACAGCUCUCGCUGCCGCGGACUUCAUCUUCGAGAUUGUUUCAAUUAUGGCAAAAAAUCCUCUUUACGAUCCGGCAAACAUGAAAGAGGUUACAGAAUCCAGUUUCGAGAAGAAGUAGGGUUACUUCAUGCACUUGUAUUCUUCUAUGAAAUGUUUACGAUUUUUUAUGAUUAAGAUCAAGUUAUGUAAAUCCAUAUAUAAUAUAGUACAUCUCCUUGUUAAAGGCAGGUAUGAGCAGUUCUUA